UUCCAACGGGCGGUAUCGCAUCGCAAAUUUUCUAUUUGUUUGGAUUGUUGUAUUUCUUUGAUUUUUGUAUGAAAAUUGAAAAUUAUUUUGUUAAUAUUAUUUAUAUAAACUAAUUUUACAUAAAAAAAAAACAAAAAUCAGACACGCAAUGGAAUCGCGUUUACCAAAACCAUCUGGCCUCAAAAGGCCAGCACCGGUGACAAAAAAUAUUUUACCAAUGGAUCGUAUCAAAUCGAAUGCUAGUUUAUUAAAAAUUUCUAAUAAUAAUUCUAUGAAUUCUGUUCCACUUUCACGAGAUAUUGCUAAUCUUCCAUCAUUUAAUUUAAAAGGACGCCCUUUAUCACCUAAUUUGCCAAGAGCACCCGAAAACAGAGCUAAACUACGUCGCAGUCGAUCUGUCUGUGAUCUGCGACCCAAUAACAAUAUUCGUGGAGGCUCAAAGCCUGUUAAUAUUCCCACAAAAGCUUCCUUGCGUCUUCCAUUGACUUUAAAUGGAUUCUCCACAUCAACCACCUCGACAAUAAAUGAAAACGCUUUCAAAUUCAAUCAGAAGGCAAAAAUGAGAAGAAGUCGUUCGGCAUGUGAUUUGCGAAUGAAUGAAGUAAGAGCACCAAAAAGGCAGGAACCUACUCACGCUCCGAUUCCAUCGAAAAUGGCCCGAAUGCACACUGCCACGAAUAUGGCCCAUCGAACAGUUGUUCCUUCGAUGCGUCAUAAACCGACAGUUGCUCCAAAUGCAUCUAUUAAAAGCAAUAACACAUCUUCUGCAAUGUCCAAAUCCAAAAACAUCUCAAAUUCAUCAUCGUCUUCAUCAUCAGCAGGAACUGCAGCAAAAACAACAACAACAAAUAAACGUAUUCCACCUUAUGACUUUAAAGCGCGCUAUAAUGAUCUUUUGGAAAAACAUAAAGCACUUAAAGAAAAAUACGAUGAAAUGCGUGAUAAUUUAUCAAGUUUGGAAAAUCUUCCUGAGCAAUUUGAAGAGUCUCAGUCGCAGUUGUUUGCUGUGAGAGAGGAAUUGAAAAAUGCUCAAACUGAAGUUGAGUGCUUGAAGAGACAAACAAAUUCGCAAAGUAUUAAAAUAACUUCUAUAACAAAUUGUUUGGAAUCGACAAAAGAGGAUUUGGAAAAACUUAAGGAAGAUUUUGAGAAACUCUUCACCAACCACUCAAUAAUUGAAAAAGAAGCUAUUCAUCUUCGUUCACAAACUUCUGUUCUCACUGACGAAAAUUCAAAACUCAUCGAAGAACUCACAGCAUGCAAAAAUCAACUAUUUCAAGCAAAUAUGGAACGCAAAGAAUUACACAACGCCGUCAUGGAUCUUCGUGGCAAUAUUCGGGUAUUCUGUCGAGUACGUCCACCACUUGAUUACGAAGAAGACCGCUUAUUAUGUGGUUGGAAUUACCUCGAUGAAACCUCCUUGGAAAUUCACAAUUUAGAAAUGCAGGCAUCCGGAGCAAAGAACAAAGUAUCAAGUCAUGCAUUUUCAUUUGAUCAUGUAUUCCAUUCGCGAUCGACUCAAGAGGAUGUCUUCGAAAUGGUCUCACCACUGAUCCAAUCAGCUCUCGAUGGGUAUAACAUUUGCAUUUUUGCAUAUGGUCAAACUGGCAGUGGCAAGACAUACACAAUGGACGGAAUACCGUCUAAUGUUGGCGUUAUACCGCGAACUGUGGACUUGCUUUUCGAAUCGGUCAAGAAUUACAAAAAUCUUGGUUGGGAAUACGAAAUCAAAGUAACAUUCUUGGAGAUCUACAACGAGGUUCUGUACGAUUUACUGAGCAAUGAACAGAAAGAUAUGGAAAUUCGAAUGUCAAAAAAUAAUAAGUCUGAUAUUUACGUGACCAACAUAACCGAAGAGACAGUCAAUAGUGCAAGUCGUCUUCGCCAAUUAAUGGAUGUAGCCAAAAUGAACAGAGCCACUGCAGCUACAGUGGGCAAUGAUCGUUCAUCACGAUCUCAUGCAGUGACCAAAAUCGAACUUAUCGGUUCGCAUGCCGAAAAGAAUGAAAUAUCUGUGGGAAGCAUAAACCUGGUCGAUUUGGCAGGUUCAGAGAGUCCAAAAACCAGCAUACGAAUGAAUGAAACUAAAAACAUCAAUCGUUCUCUAAGUGAGUUGACAAAUGUGAUCUUGGCAUUGCUGCAGAAACAAGAUCACAUUCCGUAUAGAAAUUCAAAGCUAACACAUUUACUGAUGCCCAGUUUGGGAGGUAACUCAAAAACUUUGAUGUUCAUAAAUGUGGCACCAUUUCAAGAUUGUUUUGUUGAGUCUGUAAAAUCAUUGAGAUUCGCUGCAACAGUGAAUUCGUGCAAAAUGUCGAAAGCCAAGAAAAAUAAAUUUCUUAAUACAUCAGCAUCGUUUGGCUGAAAUGAUGAUGAUAAUGGGUGUGUAUUUUUUUUAUGUUUCCAACGACAAGAGAUGUGGCGCAAAAGGUGAAACAUAAUUUAAGUGUUUUAUUUACUGUUGCAUAUUAGUAGUUUAUAUUUUCCUUACUUUUGUAUUAUUAUUUAAUAAAAUAAAUUUGAGAAAACAA